AAUCAGCAAGACGCCUGAGCAAGGGAGGCGGUGCUGCCCGGCCGGAAGUGACGCGAUCCGCUUGGCUGGCCCUGCAGUCUGUUGUGGCGGUUGGGCCAGCUGAGGGUAAAAUGGCUCGGACCUCGGCGGCCGCGACGGCUCUGGCUGCAGUGGAGGCAGAGGCUCAGGCAGCGUGAGGCCUUGCUAUUUUGGAAGCUACAAGAGAAAAUAGAUUGGAAGAAGAUUUGGUCUCUUUAAUGGACAUGGCUCAGAUAUCCAGCAACAAUGGAUUUAAACAGUGUUCAUCUACUCAUUUGGAACCAAUAAGAACAAAAGAAGUAGACAAAGAAGAAGCAUUACAGAUGGAAGCAGAGGCUUUAGCAAAACUGCAAAAGGAUAAACAAGUGACUGACAAUCAGAGAGCCUUUGAGUUGACAAGCAGCACCAGACAAAAAACACAAGUUUUAAACCAACAGGAUUAUGAUCUUAUGGUGUUUCCUGAAUCAGAGUCCCACAAGAGAGCAGUUGAUAUUGAUGUAGAUAAGCUCACCCAAGCUGAACUUGAGAAAUUAUUAUUGGAUGAUGAUUUUGAGACUAGAAAAACACCUGCAUUGCCAGUUACUCCUGUUCUGAGCCCUUCAUUUUCAGCACAGCUCUAUCUUAGACCUUCGAUUCAGAGAGGACAGUGGCCACCUGGAUUAUCUGGACCUUCCACUUACACUUCUAUUUAUCCUUCAAUUUACAGUAAACAGGCUGCAUUCCAAAAUGGCUUCAAUCCAAGAAUGCCUACUUUUCCAUCUACCGAACCUAUAUGUUUAAGACUUCCAGGACAGUCUCCAUAUUUCUCAUAUCCUUUGACACCUGCCACACCCUUUCAUCCACAAGGAAGUUUACCAAUCUACCGUCCAGUGGUCAAUCCUGAGAUGGCAAAACUAUUUGACAAAAUAGCUAGUACAUCAGAAUUUUUAAAGAAUGGAAAAGCAAGGACUGAUUUGGAGAUAACAAAUUCAAAAGUUACAGUCAACAAUCUACAGGGAUCUCCAAAGUCUGAGGAUAUUAGUAAAUUUGACUGGCUAGACUUGGAUCCUCUAAGUAAGCCAAAGGUGGACAAUGUGGAAGUAUUAGACCAUGAAGAAGAUGGAAAUGUCCCAAGUUUGCUAGCAGAGGAUCCUUGGGAUGCUGUUCUUCUAGGAGUGAGAUCACCAGCAAGUUGUCACCUCGAAAGAAAGGUGAAUGGAAAAUCUCUUUCUGGAGCAACUGUAACAAGAAGCCAGUCUCUAAAUAUUCGAACAACUCAGCUUGCAAAAGUCCAGGGCCAAAUACCUCAGAAAGACUCAAAUGGGACCAGUAGUUUGCCAACUGGAAGUUCUUUUCUACAAGAAAUUGAAGUACAGAAUGAGGAGGUGGCAGCUUUUUGUCAAUCCAUUGCAAAAUUGAAGACCAAAUUUCCAUACUCCAAUCAUUGCACAAAUCCAGGCUAUUUGUUAAGUCCAGUCACAGUGCAAAGAAAUAUAUGUGGAGAAAAUGCUAGUGUGAAGGUCUCCAUUGAAAUUGAAGGAUUUCAGCUACCCGUUACUUUCACAUGUGAUGUGAGUUCCACAGUAGAAAUCAUUAUAAUGCAAGCCCUUUGCUGGGUUCAUGACGACUUGAAUCAAAUAGAUGUUGGCAGCUAUGUCCUGAAAGUUUGUGGUCAAGAAGAGGUGCUUCAGAACAACCAUUGCCUUGGAAGUCAUGAACAUAUUCAAAACUGUCGAAAAUGGGACACAGAGAUUAAAUUGCAACUCUUGACCUUCGGUGCAAUGUGCCAGAAUCUAGCCCGAACAGCAGAAGAUGAUGAAACACCUGUGGAUUUAAACAAAUACCUGUAUCAAAUAGAAAAACCUUAUAAAGAAGUCAUGACAAGACACCCUGUUGAAGAACUUUUAGAUUCUUACCACAACCAAGUAGAACUGGCUCGUCAAAUUGAAAACCAGCACCGAGCUGUAGAUCAAGUAAUUAAAGCUGUAAGAAAAAUCUGCAGUGCCUUGGAUGGCGUAGAGACUCCUGCUAUUACAGAAUCAGUGAAGAGGCUAAAGAGAGCAGUUAACCUUCCAAGGAAUAAAAGUGCUGAUGUGACGUCAUUAUCUGGAGGAGAUACUGGCAGAAGCUCACCUGGGGGCUCCCUGAAUCUUGAAAAUCCUGUUCAAGUGAGCAUGGACCAAUUAACCGCAGCAAUUUACGAUCUUCUCAGACUCCAUGCAAAUUCUGGUAGGACUCCUGAAGACUGUACUCACAGUAGUAGGAGCAUCAAGGAGGCAUGGAGUGCCACGGAACAGCUCCAGUUUACUAUUUUUGCUGCACAUGGAAUUUCAAGUAACUGGAUAUCAAAUUACGAAAAAUACUACUUGGUAUGUUCCCUGUCUCACAAUGGAAAGGAUCUUUUUAAACCUAUUCAAUCAAAGAAGGUUGGCACUUAUAAGAAUUUCUUCUAUCUUAUUAAGUGGGAUGAACUAAUUAUUUUUCCCAUCCAGAUAUCACAAUUGCCAUUGGAAUCACUUCUUCAUCUUACUCUUUUUGGAAUUUUAAAUCAGAGCAGUGGAAGUUCCCCUGAUUCUAAUAAGCAGAGAAAGGGGCCAGAAGCUUUGGGCAGAGUGUCUUUGCCUCUUUUUGAUUUUAAACGGUUUUUAACAUGUGGAACUAAACUUCUUUAUCUUUGGACUUCAUCACGGACACAUCCUAGUCCUGGAACAAUGCCCAAAAAGGGAUAUAUCAUGGAAAGAAUAGUGCUACAGGUUGAUUUUCCUUCUCCUGCAUUUGAUAUUAUUUAUACAACUCCUCAAGUUGACAGAAGCAUUAUACAGCAAUACAAUUUAGAAACACUGGAAAAUGAUAUAAAAGAGAAACUUCUUGAUAUUGUUCACAGAGACUCAUCACUUGGGCUUUCUAAAGAAGAUAAGGCCUUUUUGUGGGAGAAACGUUAUUACUGCUUCAAACACCCAAAUUGUCUUCCUAAAAUACUAGCAAGUGCCCCAAACUGGAAAUGGGUUAAUCUUGCCAAAACUUACUCAUUGCUUGACCAAUGGCCACCAUUGCAUCCAUUGGCUGCAUUGGAGCUUCUUGAUUCAAAAUUUGCUGAUCAGGAAGUGAGAUCCCUAGCUGUGACCUGGAUUGAGGCCAUUAGUGAUGAUGAGCUAACAGAUCUCCUUCCACAGUUUGUGCAAGCUUUGAAAUAUGAAAUUUACUUGAAUAGCUCAUUAGUGCACUUCCUUCUGUCCAGAGCAUUGGGAAAUAUCCAGAUAGCACACAAUUUAUACUGGCUUCUCAAGGAUGCCCUGAAUGAUACACAGUUUGGUUCCCGAUAUGAACAUGUAUUGGGUGCUCUACUCUCAGUAGGAGGAAAAAGACUUAGAGAAGAACUUUCUAAGCAGACGAAACUUGUGCAGCUACUAGGAGGAGUAGCUGAAAAAGUAAAACAGGCUAGUGGAUCCGCCAGACAGGUUGUCCUCCAAAGGAGUAUGGAAAGAGUACAGUCCUUUUUUUUGAGAAAUAAAUGCCGUCUCCCUCUCAAGCCAAGUCUGGUGGCAAAAGAGUUAAAUAUUAAGUCAUGUUCCUUCUUCAGUUCUAAUGCUGUGCCGCUAAAAGUCACCAUGGUGAAUGCUGACCCUAUGGGGGAAGAAAUUAAUGUCAUGUUUAAGGUUGGUGAAGAUCUUCGGCAAGAUAUGUUGGCUUUACAGAUGAUAAAGAUUAUGGAUAAGAUCUGGCUUAAAGAAGGCCUAGACUUGAGGAUGGUAAUUUUCAAAUGUCUCUCAACUGGCAGAGAUCGAGGCAUGGUGGAGCUAGUUCCUGCCUCAGAUACUCUCAGGAAAAUCCAAGUGGAAUAUGGUGUGACUGGAUCCUUUAAAGAUAAACCACUUGCUGAGUGGCUGAGGAAAUACAAUCCCUCUGAAGAAGAAUAUGAGAAGGCUUCGGAGAAUUUUAUCUAUUCUUGUGCUGGAUGCUGUGUAGCCACCUAUGUUUUAGGCAUUUGUGAUCGACACAAUGACAACAUAAUGCUUCGAAGUACAGGACAUAUGUUUCACAUUGACUUUGGAAAGUUUUUGGGCCAUGCACAGAUGUUUGGUAGCUUUAAAAGGGAUCGGGCUCCUUUUGUCCUUACCUCUGAUAUGGCAUAUGUCAUUAAUGGGGGUGAAAAGCCCACCAUUCGUUUCCAGUUGUUUGUGGACCUCUGCUGUCAGGCCUACAACUUGAUAAGAAAGCAGACAAACCUGUUUCUUAACCUUCUUUCACUGAUGAUUCCUUCAGGGUUACCAGAACUUACAAGUAUUCAAGAUUUGAAAUAUGUUAGAGAUGCACUUCAGCCCCAGACUACAGAUGCAGAAGCUACAAUUUUCUUUACUAGGUUGAUUGAGUCCAGUUUGGGAAGCAUUGCUACAAAGUUUAACUUUUUUAUUCACAACCUUGCUCAACUGCGUUUUUCUGGUCUUCCUUCUAAUGAUGAGCCCAUCCUUUCAUUUUCACCCAAAACAUACUCCUUUAGACAAGAUGGCCGAAUUAAGGAAGUCUCUGUUUUUACAUACCAUAAGAAAUACAACCCAGAUAAACAUUAUAUAUAUGUGGUCCGAAUUUUGAGAGAAGGACAGUUUGAACCAUCAUUUGUGUUCCGGACAUUUGAUGAAUUUCAGGAACUUCACAACAAGCUCAGCAUUAUUUUUCCACUUUGGAAAUUACCUGGCUUUCCCAAUAGGAUGGUUCUAGGAAGAACACACAUAAAAGAUGUAGCAGCCAAGAGAAAAGUUGAGUUAAACAGUUACUUACAGAGUUUGAUGAGAGCAUCAACAGAAGUAGCAGAGUGUGACCUUGUUUGUACUUUUUUCCAUCCUUUACUUCGUGAUGAAAAAGCUGAAGGAAUAGCGAGGUCUGAAGGUGCGGGUCCCUUCAGUCCUACUCCAGGCCAGGUAGGAGGAGCAGUGAAAUUGUCUGUGUCCUACCGCAAUGGCACUCUCUUCAUCAUGGUGAUGCACAUCAAGGAUCUUGUCACUGAAGAUGGGGCUGACCCAAAUCCAUAUGUCAAAACAUACCUACUUCCAGAUACCCACAAAACAUCCAAACGUAAAACGAAAAUUUCACGAAAAACUAGGAAUCCAACAUUCAAUGAAAUGCUUGUGUACAGUGGAUAUAGCAAAGAAACCCUAAGACAGAGAAAACUUCAGCUCAGCGUACUCAGUGCAGAAUCUCUGCGGGAGAACUUUUUCUUGGGUGGAAUAACCCUGCCUUUGAAAGAUUUCAACUUGAGCAAAGAGACCGUGAAGUGGUACCAGCUGACUGCAGCAACUUACUUGUAAACCAGUCGGUUUCGGGGCUUCGGAAGCAAGAACAGUUAUAAAUGUGUGCACACACACAGUGCGAACUUUGUAUAGUAUUUUUAUACUUGGGCAGAAUUUAUAAAGUUAAAAAUAUUUGCUGCAUUUCAGUACAUCUGUUGGACCAACAGUCACAGAACUUUUAUAAAUUUUGGGAAGCUGUUGACAUUUUAAAACCAUUAUAUUGAAUGCUCUAAACCCUAAACACGUUAAGUCCUGAAAAGGACUUUGAGGUAGUACUACAUCAGUUUGGCCACCUAUCUGGGACUGUUUCGUAUACAGACAUAGUGUAUUUGUUUUUCUGUUAUGUACCUUUUACAGCCUUUACCACUGUGUAUGUUCACAACCACCAAAGUAAAGGAAAAAUGCGAAAUGUUACCGUAAAACACAGCUGCUAUUCACUGGGCUGAAAACAAAGCACAAAUAGUAAAUAGCUAUGUUAAGAACUACUAAGUAGUUUAUAGAAGUAGGAAAAAAACCUGGUUUUUUAUUGAUUAUUAAAAGCCUUUUU